AUGUCAGUUGACAAAGCUAUAGAAAUAAGAGGCAAUGAGAUCGAUAAAAUCAAACGUCGUCACAAAACUGACGACAUCGUUAUUGCAAAGGUGGUAAAUAGAGGUGGUGAAGAUACAAUCCCCUAUACUAAAAUGGAAGAAGAAGAUGAGAGCAAUGGAAAACCUACGGAUUUAUGUUUGCAGGCCAACACUCAUUUGAUAUCUAGUACAACAAGCAGCUUAGCUGAUACUCCCGGUGAUUCCGGCGUUUUAUGCCUCGACAGCGAAGCUUCCGAAGCUACGAGUCAAGCGCUCAUGACACACAGUCUUGUUGGUGCAGAGGAAUUAGCUUGUGAUAGUCAAUAUGAUGCGAUACCUUCCUGUUCUCAGGACAUGAUUAAAAGUACUACAAGCAGUAUAAUGACAAGAAGUGAUAUAGAUAACCAAAAUGUGGGUGAUGAUAUUGUUCCUGAAUUGCUUGUUGAAGCAAAUAAAAAAACACCAGUUUAUGAAAACUUGCCUGAUGUUGUUCUCAAAGCUUUAGAAAGUGAGAAGGUCAGUACAGAAGAAGUUAGAAAACCAGCUCUCAGAACCAGUGAGCCUAAAAAGUCUCUAUCUGAAGAUAUUGUGUAUAGAAGAAAGUGUAGAAAGAAGUCACAAAGUGGGCCUAGUUCACAAAAGAAGCGUGUCUCAUUCCAUGAAGACAUUCUUAACAAUACAAAAACGGAUAAUAUUCAUAUUGAACGUGGUUUCAUAUCAUACAGACCAGACAGUUCUUACUGUGAUAGAUUUAGGCAAAAGAAUAUAAUUACAGGUGAUAGGUUUUCGUGGUGUGCCUCUGGUGAUCAAACUCCAAAAUUUGCUGCAGAUGUUGCUCAACAGACCAUGUCAGAUAUUCUUACAUAUGGUGAUGCUAAACAUGAUAGAAGUGGAAUAUUUGAAUAUUGUCAAGAUAAUCCAGGAAUUCAAGGCACUAACAACAAGGACAAAGACAAUAAUAACGAAACACAACCAAGUGGAAAACUUUAUGGUUGCGACUCUAAUAGCUCAGAUUCAAACUUUAGUUGUGACUCAGAGUCUUCGUCAAGUGAUUCAUCUUCUUCUCAUUCUAAUAAAACUGAAACAUCACCAGUACAUAUAAAAUGUGAUAAAACACAAAAAUCCUACUCAUGUGAUGAAUUCGCUAAUAAUAAUGGACAUGUAGCAUCUUUCAUGAGAAAAACCUACUUUUCUGAAGCUGAUAUUGAUCAAAACCAUGACCGGAUGAAAAAACCGUUAGAAGUUUCACAAAGCCCAAAUACAGUAAAAUCUGUCCUAAAAAAGAAACGUUACAUAACAACAAAUAUAGUUGAAGAGAGAAAACAAAAUAAUAGAGUCUUAAAUUUACUUGAUGCAAAUAACAUUAUAGAUUCUCUGAAAAAUUUUUACAAAAAUUUCAACUUUAAUUUCACUCCAGAAAAAGGCCUUCCAGAAACCAGUUUAGAAAUUAACAAUGUUGUAGAAGCAUUACCUUGUGAUGUUAAUCAAAACAAAAAACUUUCUAAAAGUCUAGAUUCAGGUUUUCAAAUUGAUGAUGAAGAGGACUUUGUUGAAAUAAAUCUAAACUUGCAACCAGAUACCGAAAAACAUAAAGAAAUAAUUAAUAGUCCAAAAAACCCUAUUGCUGGUUAUAGAACCCCUAAUGAAGGUUCUCCACGUCACAAAUUGACUUUAAAUAUGUCAGCACAACAUGACAAGAGGCUUGUCAAUAAAGCUGAGGCAUUCCCACCUUUAGGUAAAUAUGUUGUUAACUGUGAAAGCACUGUUUAUGAACACAAAGGUGUAUCAUACAGUUAUGUCCAUGACACUUUUCAGACGGCUUUUGAUGCACCCAAAGAAACAUUUGUUCCUAUCCCUGAGACUACACCAGUAAUGGAACUUGUCACAAGUGCUAGUAAGACUGAUUUAAAUAUGAAACAAACUGAUGACACAUCAAGUAAAACAUCCACACCAAAGAGGCAGUUCAAUAAAAAUGUGCAAGAUGAGACUGAACAAAAGAAUGGUGUUUCAAAACACUUGUCUUCACCAAAGAAACAAAAUGUCAAUAGAUAUAGUCGUAAAUGUGCAUCAACAGUCCAGAAAAUACCAGAUGAUACUACUCAAGCAAAUAGCGACAACUGCUCAAAUACGGACAAUUCUACACUGAAAGGAGCUGAUGAUUUUAAUGAAGAAUAUUUUGAUAGUCCAGCCAAUCAAAAAUUGCAAACAAACAAGUCUGCUUUGCUCAAUAGAUACUUGAAAAAUGUUUGUCAGAAGAAAGACCUUGAACUCAAAAUAAAAAAUAAUAAGUUCUUUCAAUUUAAAUUACGUAUGGAAAAAGAGUUUCCAUGUAUUAUAUUCCCAUUUAAAGAUGUGUCAGAGACAUUUAAUAUCUCUGCUCAAAAAAUGUCACGUCUCAUAGACAAAGAAGUGAUAGAGAACAAAAGGCUUUCAGUUCGUCUGCUGACAGCUGAUGAGCCAUCAUACUUUGACAGUUUUGAGGACAAUGUAGCAAUUGAAUGCAGUGAGAAACUGAGACUCCAGCUAUUUUCCUAUCCCAACGAGACCUUAAACAGGAUGAUGAAAGUACAGUCCCCUUACAACAUGGAAGAUGGGUCUUGGACUCCAUUACUUGUCUUUAUUACUGACUACGCGCUUUACGUAGCUGAUGUAAAACCCGGCGGCACCGAGUACGAGUUGCUGUGUCGACUGCCUCAUAACGAAUUGGACGCUAUUGCUGUUGGUCCGGAAGCGCAAUAUAUCCAGGUUGUAGAUACCGCCGGGAACAUUGCUUGUUCCGUGGUAACUGCUGAAGGAUCAUUAGGGGGCCGACUUGCUUCUUCAUUAGAAUGGAGUGCACGAACGUCACCACUGCGAAUCCAACGUCCGCCAGCCAUGUUGCCUUUAAGUUGUUGGCACCUCGCCUCCGCCGUCACGAGGAAACGUCACGAGAAACGGGUGCCGGAAAUUUUAUACUACGGAAGAGCGUGUUCAGGUGACGCAGGCGAUAGAUAUUUCGAAGCCCCAGGGGCGUUUGCGCCCCCACUUGAAGGAUACCUAAUGUGUAGAACCGACAAGAGCAAACGAUUUGAACCUAGCUAUUUUUUACUCAGGGCUGGAGUACUCCACUGGGGGGCCCAUUCGCCAGAUGGCACAACCCUUCUCCCGAACCACAUCUCUCUCCGUUCAGUAGUGGGUGUGAGACGGCACUUGGACGCGUCCCGAAGGCCGCACUGCUUCGAGAUUGCGCUCGGUGACUCCAGUAGACUGCUGCUGGCAGCUCCCGAUGAUCCUACCGCAUCCUCCUGGCUGCAGUCACUUUUGCUGCAUGCUGCGCAGGCAUUAGAAGAAAAAGAUGGCGCGAAAAAAGUGGAUCCUCGAGCAGGCGGACCGCCACCAGCGUGCACUGUACUGGUGACGCCGCACGAGGUCCUCAGUGUGCGUGACAGCUUGGACUUCGCAUUCGUGGCUGGAGCUGCCACUUACCUCAAAGACAGAGGUUCCGAUGCAUUGCUAAAAGAGUACAUUGAAGAAAUGAGAACGGACAUUGAAAUAUUAGUUUGCGGCUCCAUCAAGAAUUUGACAGCAUUCAAGAUCCCCGAUACGGAUGAAAAUUGGUGUUGUCUGGAGUGGAGCGUGUGCGAGGCGCGCGAGCGCGGCGCGGGGCUUGCGCUGGUGCUGGCCAGCGGCGCCGAGCUCGAGCGCUUCAUCGCCGCACUCGAGCGCGCCUACUGCUCGCUCACCAGUGAACCAUUCCCACUGAGCGUGGUGGAUGCAUCCAAGUCAGCGUGCAGUAUCGCCCAUGCUAAGUUCGAAGCCGCCUGGUCACAUAUGCUGCCCGCUCAGCAGUAA